AUGUUGAGACUCCUCACAGUAGUGGGUGUUCUGCUCGCUCUGCACACCGCGUCGUCCAAUAGGCUGGUGUGCCAUAUGACCAAUUGGGCCCAGUACAGGCCCAGCAUUGGCAAAUUCACUCCAGACAACAUUGACCCCUUCCUGUGCACCCAUGUCAUUUAUACUAUGGCCACCAUCAACAGCUUCAACCAGAUCAGCCCUGUCGAGUGGAAUGAUGAGCAGCAUUACAAUCGACUCAACAGCCUAAAGAAUGUCAAUCCAGCACUGAAAACUCUGCUGUCAGUUGGAGGCACAGUCAAUGGAAUGAGCCCAUUCAUUUCCAUGGUCACCAAGCCUGAAAGUCGUGCAGCCUUUAUCAAAUCUGCCAUCAGCUUCCUGCACACCCAUGACUUUGAUGGGCUAAACCUUGCUUGGGAAUAUCCAGGACACAAUGGCAGCCCACAGGAAGACAAGGAGAGGUUCACUCUGCUGGUCAUGGAGCUGUCCAAGGCCUUUGAGGCUGAUGCCAAAGAAAACAGGAAGACAAAGCUGCUGCUGUCAGCCAACGUUGCUGCAUUACGUCCCACCAUUGACAAAGCCUAUGAAGUCAGCAAGAUUUCUCUGAACUUUGACUUCAUCAAUGUUAUGAGCUAUGAUUACCAUGGAGACUGGGAGGCAACUACUGGACACAACAGCCCAUUGUACAGCAGCUCUGUGGACUCUGGCUCACACAUUCAUCACAAUAUUAAUACGUCUGUUUCCCACUGGUUGGCUCAGGGAGCACCAGCUGAGAAGCUUCUGUUGGGUUUUCCCACCUUCGGGCGAACUUACCGCCUUAGGAGUAUUGCUACUGGCCUCGGAGCACCAGCAAAGGGCCCUGCAGAUGCUGGGCCCUACACUCGCACUGCUGGCUUCUGGGCCUUCUAUGAGAUCUGUGACUUCAUCUCUAGUGCUACUGUGGAAUGGAUCACUGAACAAGAGGUUCCAUAUGCCACCUUUGGCAGUUCCUGGGUGGGCUAUGAUGACAAGAAAAGCUAUUCUUCUAAGGUCCAGUGGAUGACUGCCAACAACCUUGGAGGUGCUCAUGUUUGGACUCUGGACAUGGAUGACUUUGAUGGAUCGUUUUGUUCAGCUGGGGCGUAUCCUCUCAUCAACCAUCUUAGAAUGUCAAUGGGCUUUCCCCCAAAACCCACCACCACCCCAUCCCCCACCACUACCAGGGAUGCCCUGGUCGACUUUUGUCGUGGGCGCCCUAAUGGGCUUUAUGAGAACCCUGCUGAUGAGACCACCUACUUCCAGUGCUUCCAGGGAAACACCUACCUGCACCGCUGCCAGACCGGACUCAUCUACUGGGACUCCUGCAAGUGCUGCAACUGGCCCUGAGCCAAAGAAAC